UUCUUUUCUUUUUUUCGUAUAGCAGCUAUAGCUGGAGUUGGAGGAGGCAUUGGCCUGGUGGUUUGCAACGGCGGCGGUGGUGGUGGUGGUGGCAACUUAUUCUGUCAUCACAAAGUUUUAGCGAACAUUGCCGUGAGCCACAAGUCACAAGUUUCCGUUGAUGGCUCCUCACUUCUCUGAUGAAAGCAAUGUACCUGCCAACACCACUGCGGUGGCCAUUGACAGGGACAAAAACAGCCCACACGCUGUACGUUGGGCUAUUGAUCAUCUUGUGAUCACCAACCCGCUCAUCAUCCUGGUCCAUGUUAGGCAUAAAAACCAGGGUGAAGGAGAAUCUGAUUAUGACAUAAACCAGCUCUUCAUUCCUUUCCGCGGCUACUGUGCACGCAAAGGGAUUCAAAUGAGGGAGGUUAUCCUUGAGGAUACCGAUAUCUCUAAAGCACUUGUGGACUAUAUCAGCAAGAACUUGAUUAACAGCAUGGUCCUCGGUGCAGCAUCAAGGAACGCUAUUUCAAGUUAUUUGUCUUAUAGGAAAUUCAAACAUGACGUGCCGACCACCUUGAUCAAAUCUGCACCAGAGUUUUGCUCAGUAUAUGUGAUUUCCAAAGGUAAGAUAUUGACAGUGAGAACAGCACAGCGGCCUGUAGCUAAUACUGCUACCCCACCCAAGGCACCAUCUGCAGGAAUGCCGCCACAGAUUCCACUGGAUCAAAUUGAAGAUGAUGGAAGCAGAGGACAAUAUGCAAGGGGAGCAUUGAGAAAUGCAGGAUCAGAGAGACUGUCCUUGGAUAAUCCCUCAAAAGUACCUAUACGUGAGCGUGAUAGACAAAGAAGCUCUCCAGCAAAUUUGUCAUUGGACAGCAUUGAUAUAAGUAUCCGAGGACAGUCCUCUACUAGCCAUGAUUCUUUUUCUAAUGAGUCAGAUUUUCCAGCAAAACUUGCCCUUGGAUCUAUGGAUAUUUCUGGCCAAGAUUUAGAUUUCUCAAUGGUGUCAGGUAGCCCUUCAGAGUCACUCCCACAAAGUACGCGAGACAUAGAAGCUGAAAUGAGAAGAUUGAAACUUGAACUUAAGCAAACCAUGGAUAUGUACAGCACAGCUUGCAAAGAAGCUCUUACAGCCAAAAGAAAGGCUAACGAGCUUCAUCAGUGGAAGAUGGAGGAGGCUCGCAAGUUUGAGGAAGCCAGGCUAGCUGAAGAGGCAGCUCUUGCCAUUGCCGAGAUGGAGAAGGCUAAGUGCAAAGCUGCUAUUGAAGCAGCUGAGGCAGCACAGAGGCUAGCAGAGAUGGAAGCACAUAGAAGAAGACAAGCAGAGUUGAAAGCCAAGAAAGAGGCAGACGAAAAGAAUCGGGCUUUGAAUGCUUUGGCAAAUAAUGAUGUCCGGUAUAGAAAAUAUACCAUAGAAGAAAUUGAAGAAGCUACUGAAAAAUUCUCAGAAUCAAUGAAGAUUGGAGAAGGAGGUUAUGGACCUGUUUAUAAAGGCAAACUUGAUCACACUCCUGUUGCCAUCAAAGUUUUAAGACCUGAUGCUGCUCAAGGGAAGAAGCAAUUCCAGCAAGAGGUUGAGGUCCUUUGCUGCAUUAGACACCCAAACAUGGUCCUUCUCCUUGGUGCCUGCCCUGAGUAUGGAUGCUUGGUAUAUGAAUACAUGAUCCAUGGCAGCUUAGAGGAUAGGCUAUUUCGAAGAGGCCAUACUCCUCCACUUUCAUGGAGGAAACGAUUUAAAAUAGCUGCUGAAAUUGCAACUGCCCUUCUAUUCCUUCACCAAGCAAAGCCAGAGCCACUAGUGCAUCGAGACCUUAAGCCAGCUAACAUCCUCCUAGACCGCAAUUAUGUGAGCAAAAUUAGUGAUGUUGGCCUAGCACGGCUAGUUCCACCUUCUGUAGCUGACAGUGUAACACAAUAUCACAUGACUUCAGCAGCAGGGACAUUCUGUUACAUAGAUCCUGAAUAUCAACAAACAGGCAUGCUAACAACUAAAUCAGACAUAUACUCCCUUGGCAUAAUGCUGCUCCAGAUCAUUACAGCCAAGCCUCCAAUGGGUCUUGCUCACCAUGUUGGAAGGGCCAUUGAAAAAGGAACUUUUGCCGAUAUGCUUGAUCCAGCGGUGCCAGAUUGGCCAGUUGAAGAGGCUUUAUCAUUUGCUCAAAUGGCACUAAAAUGUGUAGAGCUGAGGAAGAGGGAUAGACCGGAUCUUGGCACUGUUAUACUGCCAGAACUUAACCGGUUAAGAGAACUUGGAAGGAGCUCUGACUCACGUAGCUAUGGAUACAGCAGUAGUGGUUAUAGCCAAGGGCAUAGCGGUAGUGGUUAUAGCCAUGGACACAGUGGUAGUAAUCAAAGCCAAGGACGAAGCCAUCAUAGUCAAAGUCGCAGCCAGGCACGUUCUAUGGUGAUCAGUCCACUUUCAAGGCCAAGGAUAUCAUCAGCAAGUCAGGAAUCCUUGAGUAAGACUUCAGAUGUGGAAACUGAAACAACACCAGACUCGAAACCAGAUGACGCUGAAUGAAAUUUCAGAUGAAAUUGAAGAUUUGAGAGAAAGAAGCUGCUUACAUAUGAAAGAAAAAAAACAAUGU